GGAACUCACAAACGGCAACCAUCAAACUCCUCUCUUCCUGGUCCACAGAGGAAGAACUUUAUUUUGUCUGUUUCUACUGUGAGCCCAAUUCGUACCUUUGUUGCUCCAAUUCCUUCCAAGGACAAUGCUUCGCAACGAAGAAAAGCGUCCAAAACAUGAAAUGGUUCAUCGCGAACUCCGUUCUAAUCAACCUUUCAACAGAUCUCUGUACUGCUUGUCCAUGCCGUCGCUAGCUGUCUUUCUCAUCAUCGCCAUGAUCAUCCAGAUGAAUUUCAUCCGUUACAUAUUUCUAGGUAUCCUACGGGCUGCUCCGUCCGAGUCAGAACACUUCUCUUUGCCUCUACAGGUUUCCACGCCUCCAAUAACCUCUGUGUGGCCUGCAAAAGCAACGGGAAGCACCGUUAUAGCAUUCGAUGCAAAUGAGACGAAAUCGACCGCCUUGCGUGUCUUUUCCUCCCAUAAUUCCUCCUCCAAACGAACCGCCGCUAUUGUACUCUUUGGUAUUCCCAAAGAGUUUCCAGUUAUAUGGAAGCACUACGAAGACAACUUGAUAAGGCUCAAUCCCAACGUAACCUUUUCCGUAACAAUCCAUCUCUACAACGACGUUACCAAGCUGACGAAUCUGAAAAACAACGAAUUUGACGUUGACGUUGAGUCGGAGGACCGUAUUGCAGAAGUGCUCCGAAACUAUCAUCCUACGAUUGUAUCCACCAAGCAAGCUGAUGUUGAUCAAGAGCUGGAGUGGAUUACAUCGGAGCACGUGCUUCCCCGCUUCCACCAGCCUAACUGGACGGUUGCUGUGGUCAAAAACAUGUUUCGACAAGGCUUCUCGAUACGGAGUGCCUUUCAUGCGGCACCAAAGGAUGGUAUGUAUCUUUUUCUCCGAUCCGACACCUUGCUGUUCUCCCCGAUAAUUUUGCCAUCCAAUGCUAGUCCCGAGGAUAUUUAUGUUCCGGGAUGGCAGGGUACCAAGGAUAAAUCCCGGUACAUAGACCGAUUGGAGAUUUGUGGUUCUGAAUCCUCCGCUGGCGUUUAUGCGGAAGCAAAGUGGGCGCCCUUUCUGAAUUUUGUGCGGAACAUUUCUGGGACCUUUGAGAGCGACGGGGUGCCAUUCUUGCGCAACUCGGAGCGAAUGCUGAGGGUCUGGCUUGAUGACAAUAGUCGUCAUGCGCCAGUUCGAGUCAAGUUAAUGCCACGGUCGUGGGCCCAGAUUAUGCGCAUUCGAGGUGAGGGUAAGGUGGAUGAACAGGACAUGCGAACCCAUGUGAAUGCGACUGGGGACUGGACAAAAACAACAAUAGACACUCUGAUGGUGCUGAAAAAGGAGAAAAUGCUAGGGUUAUGA